CAAGGGCAGGACUGAAGCCUGGGAUCUAUGAGCAGAAAGUGGCGUCGGGCGGCUGAUCGCUGGAUUUUAUUGUUUUCUGUUGUCGGUAGAAGCGGCUCGCGGAGCCCCGGGAAUUUGCUCUGGGGUUGUGCUCGGGGUGGGCUGGGAGUGCUCAGUGCGGGCACACAGACCUUCUCUCCCCCCACGGGGCCGAAGCGGACUAGCUGUACACCGCGGGGAAGAUUUCGGGUGAAGCCGGGGAUGAGGUGAGGGUCGGGCCGGGCCCCCCAACCCCCGACACUCGGCUUUGGCCCAAUGGCUGCGGUGAAUUAUUCUCCUCCUUGGUGGGUAACCCUCCUGCACCGACUCCCCCACAUCAACAUCCAACUGGAGACGGUCAGUAGCGAGUUCCAGCCCGAAGACAGUCAGUACCAAGAGUCACUGUUGCUGUUGGGUGGAGUUGCCCUGGUCUGCCUUUCCCUCAACCUCCUCUUUCUUCUGUUCUAUUCCUUUUGGCUGUGUUGUCGAAGGAAGAGUGAAGAUCAGCCAAACGCAGACUGCUGCUGUACAGCAUGGUGUGUCAUCAUUGCAACACUUGUAUGCAGUGCGGGAAUAGCUGUUGGCUUCUAUGGUAAUGGUGAGACCAGUGAUGGAAUUUUCAGACUUGCCUACUCGAUGAGACAUGCGAACCGCACUAUUACAGGAAUUGAUUACCUAGUUUCUGAGAGUACUCAAGAUCUGAAUCGGACCAUAGAUGGAAGCCUUCGUACCUUGGAGGAUUUGUUUACAAAGGAACCGCGGUACCUAGAGAGAGUGCAGAAGUCAAAAAGUCUGCUUGGAGACCUUGUUAGACAGCUAACUGGAAUUCCAUUUUGGGAGAAGAAUGCCAUAUCUCUGGAAGACCUCGCUGUCUUUGUUGAGUUGUACGACUAUUACAGGUGGUUGGGGUAUCUUGGCCUGCUACUUUUUGACGUUCUUAUCUGUCUGCUGGUGCUGUUUGGCCUAAUCCGAAACUCAAAGGGAAUCCUCAUUUGUGCGGCUCUGCUGGGAGUGCUGACUUUGAUUAUCAGCUGGAGUUCACUUGGUCUGGAACUGGCAGUGUCAGUGGGUUCUAGUGACUUCUGUGUGUCUCCUGAAGCAUAUAUCUCCAAAAUGGCAGAUAAACAUGGUCUUAUUGCUAAAGAGGUUUUAAAUUACUACCUGGUAUGCAACAUUGGAUACCCAAACCCUUUUCAACAGAAGCUCUCUAGCAGCCAUAAAGCCCUAGUGGAGAUACAGGACCACAUAUCGGAGCUUCUAAAAUCAGCUGUACGCGAGUUUCCAUCCUCUCGAGAGUAUCUGGACCAGACUCAAAUAGUGUUGAAUUCAACAGAGACCACCCUGCAGCAGCUGACAGCUUUGGUCGAUUGCCGUAGUCUUCACAUGGAUUAUGUGCAGGCUCUGACAGGACUAUGCUAUGAUGGUGUGGAGGGUCUAAUUUAUUUGGUUCUAUUCUCCUUUGUAACUGCACUGAUGCUGAGUUCUAUUGUCUGCAGUGUUCCUCAUACCUGGAAGCAGAGCAAGAGUAGUCAUGUUGAUGAUGAUGGAGAUGAGGAUAUUGUGAGCCCACAAGGAAACCGCCAACAGCAUGACAACCUGUACAGAGUUCACAUGCCUAGCCUGUACAGCUGUGGGAGUAGUUUUGGUAGUGAGACCAGUAUUCCUGCUGCAGCACAUACAGUCAGCAAUGCUCCUGUUACAGAAUACAUGAGCCAGAACACAACUUACCAGAAUCCCCGUUGUGAGAACACACCUCUGAUUGGCAGAGAAUCUCCUCCUCCCUCUCUGUAUUUGGCUGCUCUGGACAAUGGUAGCCAUCUGAGCUGGCAGCCAAAGAACCGCAACAGUGUGAGAACGAACUCUUACUGGUAAAGAAGGCAGCAAACCAGAACAGUACUCGAACAGCAUGAGAGCCAAAUACCUCGCCACAAACAGGCCUGAAACCAACAGCAUCCACUAAGACUUGAGGAGAAAAGGAAAAAACUGGAACUUCUGCAUGUCCAAUGCCACUAAUACAGUUAUACUAACUUAAUGAGAACAGCACUAUUCUAUCAGUUGUACAGCAAAAGUAGAUUAGUGGUUACUAAGAAUGAAUAAUUUUGCCAAACUAAAUUAUGGUAAGACUGCAUGGGAGAUGUGUACCAUCAGAUUUGUAGAUGCUGCACAACCUUAUCAGUCCCAAUAUUACAUUUUACAUCAUUCCAGUUUGCUUCAAUUUAAAGUGUUCUCACUUCUACAUUGCAACAGGGAUGCCAGGAUAUGUAGGUGCACCAGUCUAUCACCAUGAACAAAACCACAAUAAAAUGUGUCAGGUUGUUUUCACAUUGUAAUAAUUGUAAAGUGCACCAAAUUGCUGUAGAUCAAUAAACUAUAAUUCAGAACAA